AUGGCUGCUUCAACUCAAUCAACCAUCACUUUGGUUACCCUAAUUCUAUUCCAAUACCUAACUGUUUCAUAUGCAACAACAUUCACAAUUGUUAACAAGUGCAACUACACUGUUUGGCCUGGAAUUUUAUCCGGCGCAGGAACAACACCAUUCUCUACAACCGGUUUUGCUCUCCAACCCGGCGAAUCCAAUGCCCUAGCCGUACCCCCCAAGUGGUCAGGCCGUCUAUGGGGACGUACCCUCUGCUCUCAAGAUUCCACCGGAAAAUUCUCAUGUGUUACCGGUGACUGUGCUUCCUCGUCCAUAGAAUGUAAUGGAGGAAACGCUCAACCGCCAGCUACAUUAGCCGAGUUUACACUUAACGGUGCAAACGGACUUGAUUUCUUCGACGUUAGUCUCGUGGACGGUUACAACCUCCCAAUGAUGAUCGAACCACAAGGAGCAACCGGAGGCGGAAACUGCAUGACAACAGGUUGCAUGGUGGAUUUGAACGCGGCAUGUCCAACCGAGUUGAAAGUGAUGAGUAAUGGCGGAGGUGUAGCGUGUAAAAGCGCGUGUGAAGCGUUUGGGGAUCCACAAUAUUGUUGUAGUGGCGCUUACGCUUCUCCAAAUACAUGCAAGCCAAGUUCAUACUCACAGUUUUUCAAGAGUGCUUGUCCUCGCGCUUAUAGCUACGCUUAUGAUGAUGAAACAAGCACUUUUACUUGUGAUUCUGCUGAUUAUACUAUCACUUUUUGUCCCACAAGUUCGAUCCAGUCCGGGAACGAGAAAUCUCCAACAAGUCCGAUCGAAUCUGGGAACGAGAAAUCUCCAACAAGUCCGAUCGAGUCUGGGAACGAGAAAUCUCCACUGCCUGAGGAGAUGGAUAUAUCUGGGGGACAUGUGAACUUCACAGCCAACAAUGUUAGGAUUGUUGUUAUUAUUUCUUUUGUUUUGAUGGUGUUUUUGUGGUGAAUUUGGUAGGGUAUGACUUGCCACUUUUCAUCAUGAAUAACCAUCCAAAAAUCUUUUAGUUUAUUUUUUACUAGCAAUAUUAAUUAAUUAUUAAAUCUCUAGGAACAGAAUUAUGCAGGUUCACUGA